UGCAGGUGCACUGGUCUGUGCGCUCAGCAGAGUUUUCUUUUCGUUGUUUUUUUUUGUUUUUUGCUCCUCCUGUUCUCAUAUCAACGGUGAGAGGCUGCGUCUUUUCUCAGAGGAUGCCGGCGUGAAUGGGCUGAUCCACUUGCAGGGAUUGUAGCUGGAGGAGACAGCAGGACGACAGGGAAGAAACUAUCCGUGGAGAUUUUGCUGCGUAAAACCUUUGCUUUAAAAAGCCUCAACAAUAGACCGGGCACUAUAACUGGAAUAUGCUCAUGUGGUAAAAGUUUUCUUUUCUUUUUUCUUUUUUUUCUAAGUGCAUCCAUCAGCAGCACUGUGCGCCUCUCUGACCCGCGGACCCCGGUGAUCUCAGUGACAUCAUGCGGAUUAUUUUGUUGUUAAUCCUGGCAGCUGCUGGUCCUGAUGGGAGCUGGGGAUGUCAGCUGCCCCACGACUGGCGACCGCAGACGGAAGCGUGCCGCGCCGAGCUGGCGGAGAUCAUCGUCUUUGCCAAGGUGCUGGCCCUGCACAAGGAGUCGUACAGCGUCUACAACUACCUGCCGUGGCAGCACGACACCGACCUGCUCUUCUCCGCCGAGAUUGAACUCCUGUGCGACCAGGCGUGGGGCAGCAUGCUGGAAGUCCCCACCGGCUCCAGGUUUAAUGUCACCGGACUGGGCUACUUCCCCUGCUUCUCCUACAGCGUCACCAAAGACAACAACUACUACUUCUUUCUAAGGAUGGAUGAGAACUACAACAUUGUUCCCCACGGAGUGAACUUCCAGGACGCCAUCUUCCCUGACACCGUAGACAACCACCGCAUGUUCGCCAGCCUCUUCCAGUUCUCCAACUGCACACCUGGAACCCAAGUCCACACCUUUACUCCAGAGUGGGAGGCGCAGGAGGACAGCCGGUUGUUGUGCUCCACGGUGCAGAAGGCUCUGUUCGAGGAGGAGGAGAGAGUCAGGACUCUCUCCCAGAAAGUGCGUACCUUGGAGAAAGCCAAUGGCCACCUGAAGGAGAAGGUGAAGACCAUGAAACGUCUGCUACGUCUGGCACAACGGGAAACAACAAAGGAGCAGCAGACCCUCAGCUUCAAACAGCUCUACGAGUCAAAGACGCCCCAAGGCCACCCGGAUCAGGACACUACCCAGAACCAAAAGACCCAACCACUGAAAAAGAUCCUCUCCAAGAAGCUCAAAAACUAGAGUUUUUUUGUUUUGUUUUUUCAGUUUUGUUCAGCAAAAACCACUCUGUGUGUGAGUAAAAUUUUGCCGAAGUGACAGCAAACAUUAUUAUAUUCUCCAUCUUAUUUCUAGAGAAAUGUAAUUCAUCCCUUGAAGCUUUGACAGCUGCACUCUCAAACUUUGUUAAUCUAACGAAACACAUUGCGUUGAUCGUGGUUCAGUUGACCUGUGCCACUGAGGCGACAAAACAAACUGUUUGUUCAGUGAUGAUUUUUUUCUGACUUACUGUUGCUAUUAACUGUCCUCAUCUCAACUUUCAUUAGUUUAGUGGUAGCUCAAACAUUUAGAGAGGACAGAACAUAGAUCAUGUUAAAUCGUUAAAAAUUGAAUAUCUGUUUUUUUUUUUUUUCUGUGCUGGACACAUCAUUCAUCAUAUAAACAUUGCAUUUCUUCUGAAAUACUCUCAUCGCAAUGAUUCCGAACCAGGUUUCUCUUUUUCAAAGUAAACGGGGCACAAAUGUAAGUUGUGGAAUAAAGUACUUGAUUUGCUGAA